AUUUGAAUAUCAAGUCUCCUCACGCAAAUCGCUUCAACCAUCGUUGUCGAACAUCACUUGCACUGCACCUCAGCAUCUCCGCACUUACACCUAGUUUCAGUGUACAGCCAGAGAAGCGCCACGGCAUUGUGGAAAACGGCCGAUUUUCUUCCAUCCACAGGACUCAGAAAUGGGUCAGGCCCUACGGCGAGUCGGAGGACGAGUCCGGAGCGCGAGCCUCGAACCAGCAGCCCAACCGAAGAACGUCGAGCAGCGGCCGCCGCCGGUGGCCCCACCGGGACCAGAGGUCCCGACCGACGGUCAAGAUCGAGCUGGCGUUUCCGAUACAGAGGCCAUAUCUAGGAUAAAGAAUGACAACGUCCUUGAAGAACGGGAUCCGGAAUAUGAUGCUAUGCUUAGUCAGUUGGUUGGGAGAAUCAGGUCAAAGCCUGGAGGGAAGCUUGAAAUGGGUGAGGCAUCGGUUGUAGAGAGGUACAAUAGGCCAAUGCCAAAGCUGCGGAGCUCAAAAGCCGAAGUAGGUCAUGAUGAGCAAAAAUCAGCCCCCCCAGGAAGUCUCACCAUUGCCCAGUUGAGGCAUAUCCUCCUCCUACAUCAAGGCAAGGCUGAUGACCAUGAUGGCCCGAUGGAUGCUCACAACAUCGCCAAGAAAUUCCGGAUUGACACUGCUCAGGUAGAGAAAGUCUUACAGUUCCUUUCAUUGCCGCCAGAAAAUAUCACUAAAACGAAGAACGACGACAGCAGGUAGCCCGAUUAUUUUUAUUUUUUUGCCGCUCUCUUUUGUUAUUCUGCAGACUGUCAGUAAACAAUCCAAAUCAACACGACAAUGGUUCCAAGAGGUCUUUUUAACCUUGGAAGAUGGGAUCAGUUAGUGGAAUGUUGAGAGGAAUUAUUGGUUCCAAUACAUCAGGGUGUGAAUAGUGUCCUAAUGUGCCAAGUCCAUAUGACUGGGACCCAUGAUCGGGUGAUCCAGGCCAUUGAUAUGAUGGACUUCACUGUGGAUGGGAGACUCUUUUGCUUUUUUUUCUCUGGACCAUUUCUGUAUUCUUUUUCUCAAGCAACUACAGUAGGUCAGGAUCAUCCAAUCUAGGAGAUUUCAGUAGAGCAUCCUGUCCACAGUGGGGGCCCACCAAACAACCAGAGCAAGAGUCUCACUUGUACUGAAUGGAUUAGCACCGUGGAUCUCUUCAUGUCCCGAUGCAUCAAGAACCGAUAAUAUCAGAAGGCCUGAAGAGCUGUUGGUGGCUCACGUUUACGAAGUUUUGUAUGAGAGAAUCAUCACCUCAUGGAGGCUUAGGACAGAUCAUUAUAUACAAAUGAAAAUCAAAAUGGAGGGAUCUGAGAUUAAAUGUAUGUUAGAGGUGUGGGUUCAGAUGCUAUAUUCAAUAAACAGGCACAUUUGUUGUA